GAUGAGGUUUCCUUAGGCCAUUAGACCAGAUAGAACAGGUGUUGGUAAUUGAUAUAAUAAUAAAGAGUAUUAAAUUAUCAGAAGAGGACAAAAAAUAUUGUAAUUUUAGGAGCAAUUGGAACAUAUAACUUUUUAUGUUAUCAAGUAAUGAUUGGGUAUGUAACAAGUAAGAUUCAUUGUUACCACCUUAUAUAACUAAUUAGGCUUGUAAAAAUUCAUUAUUAUAAUGAAAGAAAUGCUGUGCUUGUUCUUGACAACAGCCCUAUUCAUAAAUCAAAAUUGGUUUAAAAAUUAUUAACUGCAAAACCAUAUCUAUUUUUACCACCAUAUUCUCCUUAACUCAAUCCUAUAGAAAAAAUAUGGAAUAUAUUUAAGUAAUUUAUAAGAAAAAAUUAACAAGUGCCCACUCAGAAUUUACAUAGAAUGAUUCAUGGUCAUUUCAAUUCAAUUACUAAUGA